UACUGGGUGACACAGACUCCAGUGAUCCCUUUUUAGCAUGAUUGUAUUCGAUAAUGUACUUAUUGGAUUGUAGUCUCAAUUAUUUAUGUGAUCCUCGGCAGUGAAAGUUCAGGAAGUUUGGAAGAUAUUGUCAGUCUAUUAUUACGCAAUAACAUACUGCAAUUUGGACUAGGUGCAUACAUACAAAAAUAAACGUUUCAUAAUAAUUAUGAUUACGUAUUUCACACGAAAUUAUGAUUAUUAUUAGUCAACAAGUAAAAAUAUUUGCAACUUGUGAGGUUUCCAUACUAAUACUUUCUCCAAAUUAAUGACAUUCAUUCAUGUAUGUCUAAAAAGAUGUAGGGCGUGUCUAUAGUGUUUCUCAAUGAAGGAGAGGGGACAUGUCCGCCUCGUAAUCACCCCACUGUUUUGUCUCCUCGUCACUUCUCAAGAUUCCAAAAGGGUCCCAGUCAGUCAGGAAUGAUUAAGUCGAAGCCCAUACUUAAGAUCGACAACAGCAAUGAUGACUCCAAGGCUGAAAAGAAAGGGUUAUUGGUUCUGGGCUGUCGAUAUGACGUGAUACUCCGGGUGUCAAUGGAAAACAACUUCACAGGAGUCGGAGAAACUGACUGUUGGUCCCUGUGCUGGAGUGAUAUUCCUCUGACAAAUGAAAGAAUUAACGAUAUGAAGAGAAAACAGAUUAUCGGUGGACCAAAUUCAGCUCCUACUCAGAAAUUUAAUCAUUUUCCAGGAAUGUAUGAAAUCUGUCGAAAAGAUCGUUUAUGCCGAAAUCUCAAUCGGUUACAACGCAUAUUUCCACGCGACUACAAUUUUUUCCCAACCACCUGGGAUCUUCCAACAGAUAUGACGGAUUUAUUGGAUUAUGGUAAAAGACAUAAAAACACUACAUACAUUGUCAAGCCAGACUCUGGAUGCCAAGGGAAGGGAAUAUUUCUUGUCAGUAAUUUAAAAGUGUUGUGUCCCUUUGCAAAAUGUGUGUGUCAGUUAUAUGUGACUCAACCAUUUCUUAUUGACGGAUUCAAGUUUGACCAGAGGAUUUACGUUGUUGUUACUUGCGUUGAUCCGUUGAGAUUUUAUAUACAUUCUGACGGAAUUGCAAGAUUUGCAACAGUAAAAUAUCAAAUGCCUUCCGAACAAAAUCUGGACGUGACUUACAUGCACCUGACCAAUUACUCACUAAAUAAAUUCAGCGACGCCUUUGACUCUAACAAAAGUGGGGGAACAAAAAGACCUCUGAGCGAGAUUUAUAGAUAUAUGGGUGACAUGGGUUACGAUGUCCAGAAACUGAAGAAUGACAUUGAUGAUAUUGUUGUGAAGACCAUUGUAGGAGUGGCUCCAACUCUCAGACACACUUAUCGGGCGACAUUUCCGAAGAGAAACAAAGGUUGCUACUGUUUCGAAAUCCUUGGAUUUGACAUUCUCAUAGAUCGACACUUAAAACCCAUGUUGGUCGAGGUCAACCAUUCUCCCAGUUUCAACUUGGACACAGCAGUCGACAGUAAAGUGAAAUUCAGUUUAGUUCGAGAUCUCUUUGCAAUGAUUUAUCUUGGUGAGGAUUCUUCUGAAGAGUUGUGGAAAAGUGAUCCAUUUACUCAAAAAAAGUACAACAUUCAAAGACGACCUGGCACACCGCAUGCAGCAACAAUUCCAGAUGCAUUAAAAACUCAGUUUGCCCAUGAAGAAAAAUACAAAAAUAACUUUAGGUUGAUCUUCAGCGAAGACAAUCCAGGAAAAUAUGGAAUUUUUAUGGAUAAAGAAUAUUUCCUCAAAGACUAUGAGGACGAACAGUUUUUAAAGCAGAGACCAGAACCUUGCAUGCACGAUGGAUACAGUGAGUCCUUCGUAAAGGGGACUAAAACGCUGACAUCUUUUCGACAAACUCAAUACGGUCAAGUAUAUGUUGAGAGCAGGCCAGCAUCUCCAUAUCCUUUAAAUCAUCAGGAAUUCCUCAAAUUCAAGUUCAACUCACAACUUGCAGCAGAAGCGGUCCAACAGCAAUCGAAGGGGACCAAAGGACGGUCCCGAAAGAAAAAAUGUGUGCUCGAAAAUAAGAAACAGAGUAAUGGAUCUGCUGGGAUAUUUAACCAAACAAAUUAUUACGAUUCCCUGCAAAAAAUGACCAGCAAGAUGACAGCACUUGGUCAACCACUACUAGAAGCUGCUACUACUGCUAACAACAAACUGACUCCAAGUCAACGAGUUCAAAUUGCCCUUGAACAGCUACGAAAAACUAAUAUCGAGAAAUUUAAAGCCAUCACACGCACAAGCACGUCUAAGCAUUUUGGCAACACAGCUAAUACAGCGAAUGGCACAGACAUUGCUGAGAUGACAUCUCGACCAAUUUCUCCUUAUCUUCAAAGCUAUUCUUUACUGCAAGAAAAACUCGUACCAAAAUCGCCCAAGUAUUGCACCUCCAGCGUCACAUAUAGACCGUCUUCCAGGGCCCAUAAAAACGAUAGCGUGUUAUUCCUCGAUACAUCCAAACUUCCAUCAGUAUUUAGAAAUGCUAUGCAAGCCACACAACGAGAAACACUAACGAGGGGCAAAACUGCAGACAACGAAGUAUUCAACGACUCGUGUACAUCCUAUAGUGGCCCAUUAAACAACCCAUUUAAAUCCCACAUGGAAGCAAGGAUUGAACGAAUUCAGCGUUCUAAUUCUAGGAAACGGACAAUAGGCGUAUUAGGAAUUGGGGAGACGGCUCAACACGUUGUAGAAAUGGUAGCAACUCCACUGACUGACUAAUUUGUACAACUUGCUUAGAGUGAAUAUAUCUUGUUCAUUUUUGCAUUUUGCCGAAACGACACCAAAUUAUUGUUCUCAAUAAACUUUUUGUACAGAAAAUGCAGUUUAUUUAUUAGUUUAACAAACAUGCUAUUUACGCAUACAUACAUAUAUUAAUUUCGAGGGUUAUUUACAAAUUUAACACAGCAUUUCCUCGUAAUUAAAUUUUCAUUGAUUUUUUAAAUGCUAUAUUACUCUCUUAAUCCUGCAUUCAACUUAUUCUUGAAAAGCUCUCAAUGUCUAAUAAAUAAGAGUAGAUUUAUUGAGUAUUAGGCUAUAUUUUGUGUUAGAAAGUAUUGUGAUUCUUACUUGAUCAUAA